GGUGAAACUACACGUGCAUUCAAUCAAUGCCAUGGAGGACGAAACACUUCUCUGGGGAUGCGUGCUCAUUUGACUUUUUAAGCUAUAAUUACUCCAUAUAAACCUCCAGACUUGCACUGACCUGAGUAUACAUACAAUAUAGCGCUAGAUUGCAAUAAACAUCAUUGAUUUGAUCGGAAAUUUUGACAAUAUGAACCCACUCGUUUGCUAAGCUAAUAGCUAUGCUAACAGUAAGUGGGAUAAACUUAGUUAACUAAAAAGAAAAUAAAAAGCCUACAUUAUUAGGUAGAUUUCGCUUUGAAUAUUAGGACUGUCUCGACAUAUUUGCGCUCGAUUUUUCAACAAUGGAUCUUAAUUUUUACUCUGAACUUUCGGACACCCAAAACGUGGAUUCUGAGUUUUUAAACACACAAGCUUUUAGUGGUUACCCUGAGGAAAAUAAGUUUUCGGGGAGCGGAGACAAUUAUCUCACAAUAGAUGGAGGUGGUCAUCCCUUUCUGUCUGCAGAACAUACUUUUCAUACACCCAGCCUGGGGGAUGAGGUUUUUGAGAUCCCUCCCAUCUCUCUUGAUCCGGAUUCAGCCCUCAACAUCAGUGAUGCUGUGUCCCACUUUGAGACACCCGGGUCUCGGAAUCUUGUAAGCAACAUGGUAGUGGAGGCCAACGACCCCUCAUUUGCUUCUACCUUUUUUAACUCUGGGUCCCAAGGUAUGGCCCAACACAGCCUCCGAGCAGAGUCACAUGCUGAGGGAAGCGUUCUUCUCAGCUCUUCAGCUUUGGAAAUGGGAACUACAACCUCCCAUUUCAGCAGUUCCUCUCCAAUGACAAUUGAUGUUCAGCUUGGAGACAUGGACCCAGGUCUUUUAGGAAGUGGUCAACUCAAUACUAUUAACCCAUCAGAGCUGACCCUGGGCCUUGGAGACAUGGGGGAGAGGUCAGAAAUGAUGCCUACCACACCAUCACCCGCAGGCUCCCUACAAGAUGAAGACAUGGAUGACUUCAAGAGGAGUGUUCUUGUAGAUUCUCCUGUCUCCAUCACCUCCAUUUCACACACGUUGUCCCAGGGCAACUCGGCAGUCUCCACAGCCCAGAGAGGUGGAGGGAAACCUGCCACACUAGCUUCACCGACAGCUGCAAAAAAAGGCAGGAGGAAAAAGGACCCGAACGAGCCGCAGAAGCCAGUGUCGGCGUAUGCUUUGUUCUUCAGAGACACACAGGCAGCCAUUAAGGGCCAAAAUCCAAACGCGUCUUUUGGAGAGGUGUCCAAAAUAGUUGCUUCAAUGUGGGAUAGUCUGGCCGAGGAGCAGAAACAGGUUUACAAGAAAAAGACAGAGAUAGCCAAAAAAGGGUAUCUGAAAGCCCUAGCAGCAUACAAGGCAAACCAGCUCUCACAGUCUGCCUCUGAAGAGAUGGAGUCUGAGUCAACAUCACUUCAGGGAGCAGGCAGCCCCAGUCCUACAGCCCUCUCCUCCACUGAAGAAAAUGCCCCCAACAUUAUAUUAAAUACAGGGUCUAAACCCACAGCUACAGCCCAGUCUCCAACCAUAACCAAGAUCAUUAUCCCCAAGCACAUGCUGCAGGCGGGACGGCAGGUGGUCACAGUGUUGCCAGGUGGGGUCCGCGCUUUGCAGCCCACCACACUCCUGGUCUCUGGUGCUGCUCGCGGGCCACCUCCUCUGCAGCAGAUGCAAAAUGCUCCUCCACCUCCGCGACUUCAGCAGAUGGCCCCUGCCCCUCCGCGACUACAGGCCAAGCCCUCCACAACUCAAGGUGUGUCCAUCUCUGCUGCCCCGCCGCCUCCUCUCCAGAUCAAAAUAGUGCCCGCUUCAGUGCAGUCAGAUACUGUAGAGUUGGUGAGCACCACAGAUGAGCAAGGAAACCCUGAAGAUGACGAUGUUACAGAAGUGGAGCCUUUGGAGGAGGAUGUGAUGGAGGUGAGUGCACCCAUUGUCAGCUCAAAGAUGGUAUGCCUCAGAGCUGGCUGUAACAACCCUGCUGUGGACAGUGAGGACUGGGACAAAGAAUACUGCAGCAAUGAAUGUGUGGCCACUCACUGCAGGGAUGUUUUUCAGGCGUGGUGCUCUAUCAGAAGUCAGUCUGUCGCUGCAGUGAAAUGAACUCUGCUCCCACCCGGACUCACCGCCAGUGUUUGUUUGUCACCCAUAGUUAAAGUCUAACAAGAGGGUCAUAGUUCUUUCGUUCAGUUGUGUAUUACACCAUACCUUCAUCAAGUGCUGGUCCACAGUGGUAUUAGAUUAUCAAAAGGCUUUAGGCAGCUAGAGAUUACAGCAGAUGUGUCUAGACAGCAGACAUUUUACCAAAAUUGUAUUUGACUUACAGUAUUUUUCUAUCUGUGAAUUUAAACAGUAAUUUAAAAAAAGGUGUUUAUACUGUUCACAUUUAUGUUGUAGUUGGUCUUUGUUUCGUUAUUUCAAAAAGUUUGUAACGCAAAAUACAUUUUGUACAAAGUCAAACAUUUUUAUACAACAUUGUGUUGGAUUCAAUGACCACCGAAGUGCUUAAUUUUCUUGUUUUCUAAAUAAAUGAGAACAAACUUGCAGCUUGC